AUGGGCAACCUCUGCGGCUCCGAAUCCAAAUCCCCCGACGCCUUCUCAACCCCCGGCCGCGCCCUCUCCUCCGCCCCUCCUCAGAACGCGACGUCUAGACCUCCUGCUAAGAUCGCUGGUGGACCGCCGCAGCGAUUGGGUGGGGGCGCGGCGGGGGGAGGAGGAGGGGGGGAUCCGAGGAGGGAUGCCGCUAAUGCUGCUGAGGCCCGCGCAAAAGCAGCAGCGAAACCGACAGGGAAAUUAGGACAGCAGUUGAAUGCGCAGAAGAUGCAGAGGAGGACGGAUGCCUUGCAGGAGGCUAGUAGGGAGGAGGUUGCGAGGAGAGGUGCCGAUGCUGCGGCGGCGGCGAGGAGUUAUAAUUGA